CUAUACCUCCUGCCCAGGGCAGUUGCACGGUGGACCUUUCCAUUAAACGGCUGUGCGGGUAUGAAAUGCCUAGCCACCUUGCUGCUUUUCUUCCGACUGAUAUUUGUACAAGCGUUUUUCAGAAAGCCGCAAGUCAAGAACGCCACAGUGCCACUGAUAUGUCACAUGUCACCGUAUGAUGGCAAUGACUGUAGGGCAGCAGGUGACCUAUGGUAUUACGACCUUGCCAAUAAAUCUUGCAAAAUGCUCACGACAGGUUCGUGCAGCUCUGGCAGCAACCGCUUCCACACAAUCGCCAAGUGCCAGCAAAUAUGCGAGCCUCGCACUGGACCAGUGGAAGCUGUAUGUCUGAAACAACCGGUCGCUGGAAUGUGCUCCCUAGUGUCUCAUGCCUGGUACUUCGACCGGUCAAGCCAAAAUUGCAAAAUGUUCAGCUAUACUUCUUGCUUGAAACGGCACAACUUCUUCUUAUCAGAAAUGAAGUGCCAGUCAGUGUGCCUACCCCAGAGGGCACCGAAACCAUUCUGCAGUCAACAACCAGUAUCUACAUUUUGUACAGGCCAGGCUAACCACUGGUACUUUGACGAAAACAAAAACACGUGCCUCGUAUUUCUGAAAAAGCGCUGUGGGAAACCCAACAACCGAUUUAAUACCUUUGCCCAGUGCAUGAACAGAUGCAGCUAUGUCACGUCAUAGGUGGACAACGCAUGACUUCAGGAAACAAGCCAGCAUAAACUGCUGGCAACUAAUCAGACAAUCCCAGACAGCUUUUACCCGCAACAUUUUUUUUAUUAUUUUAUACCGAUAUCUGCAAGCAAUAAAGAACUCUCUUUCAUGUAAA